UGUGUGCAUGUUGCAGCUGUUCCUUCUUUUCUCCUUGUAAAAAAACAUCAAAAUGGAGUCGACUCGCCUGUAAUAAAUCAUCAAACAAGAGCCAGUGUUGUUAUGCUGCUUCUCGCUGCAAAUCUUCCUUCCGAAUCACGCCAAAGAGAUGCUGCACUGCUCUUGGCCUGUCUUGGCUGGGACAACUUCGUGCCGAGCCUUCAUUUCGAGCGAGAAGAGAACUGCACUUGCAAACAAGGACCGUACGUCUUAGAUGUCGAAUAGAGUAACAAUAAAGCAUGAACAUUGUCGACGACACCGAUGGGCCCCUGGACCCCCGUAUUCAGGUCGAGUUAGAGAAUCUAAACAAUGCCACAGAUGAUAUAAAUAAACUUGAAAUCGAGCUUGAUGAAGCAAAUACUGCCUACGGCCAACUGUUAUCUGAAACUACAAGCCGCCUUAAAGAGCUGGUCAGCAAAUUGGGCAGCAGUUGCAUAGAAAGAGCUAGAUGUUAUUUUGAAGCCUGUGGGGUAGCGCAUCAAGCCAGACUCAAAUGUCAACAGCAGACUCAGCUUUACCAGAGAGCGAAUGUAGUGCACGAAGCAGCCAAAGAAACAGUUGCCCUCGCAGAGGCCUGUUUUAUAUCACAUCAGCAUGAAUGGAACUUUGACCAAGCAUGGCAGGACGUGCUGAAUCAUGCAACGUUCAAGGUUAUGGAAGCAGAAACUCAAAAAACAGAAUGUGCCAGAGAACACCAAAAAGCAACAAUCCUGUUUCACGAGGCAGAGAAAAAGGUUCAGCAGUUAGAAGAAAAAUAUCGUAGAUCAAUAAACAAGGCUCAGCCUUAUUUCGAUCUGAAAGCCCAAUUUGAUCAAAAGUUAGCUAUACAGAAAGAGGUUGUUGAUUGUUUAAAAAAAGCAGUCAAGGAUACAAAGUGUUCUUAUGCAGCGAGUCUUCGUGCCUUGGAAGAAAUCAGCAAUGAGAUUCAUGAAAAAAGAAGAGAUUAUGCUAUCUUAGCUAAUGGACCACGAGAGCCUGGUGUAGGGGCUGAGCUUGUAACUCCAGAUGAGUGUUUUAAUUAUGAAGAAGAGCUGAAUAAAUUAAAAAUUAGCAGAGUGAAUUCAAUAGCAAGCAGUGACCAAGACUUAGAAGACAGGAUUCAAGAUUUUGAAGAUGUGAAAAAUUUAAAGGAAAGAGUAGAUCAUUUGAGUGUGAGAUCUGUAGACGGCAGUGAGUCCACUUCUAAUCAAUGGGAGUUGGAAUUACAAGCUAGUGUGGAAAAAUUAAAUCAUUUACCAUUUAAAACGUGUGAAAGUGAUGAAACUAAUUGUGUAAAUAAUGUUACUGUUAAGUCCACUGGUACGGUAAGGUGUAUGGAAAAUGACGUUAAAGUCAUACCUGGUGAAAAUAUUUUAAAGGACGACCGGAAUGAGCUGCUAAUUAAGCUCGAAAACAUUUUUCAAAGGUCUCAAUCUUUAACUCAGAGUCCUAUUAACUCGAUAAUAAGUCAAUCCAAAGCUUUGAGAGACAGUUUCUCCAAAUCUUUAAGUAAUAGUCCUGUUAAUAUGGGGGCUUUUUCAUUUGGCAAAUCUAAAAGUACAGAAUCUCAAGUUGUACCUGAUCAAAGUAUUAGUAGUAUACAAGAUCCAAAGUCUACUGAUAGCAAUAAGGUAAAUGAUUCCAUCAGUCAACUAGAGAAAGAGCCAGCAGUCAAAGAACAACAAAAAGUAAGUAAAAGUAUAAAUGAAAAGAAUUCUACAAGUGACAUUUUAGCUGGUCAAAAAAAUACUCAAAAAGAGCGAAAAAAGAGCGAUAGUUCUCUAAAACCAAUAGAACCUCCAAAUAGAUCUUCCAGAUCAUCCGUAGACGAUACUCAUUUACGAAAUAUGCCUAAAGGAACUCAUAGUUUAGAUUCAACGCCUGUGAGAGCCAAGCCAUUGCCUUCGUCAAAGUCCACAAGUUUUAUAAGCAAUGAUUCACAUAGAAAAGUGAAGAGUGCAUGUAACGACAUUCAACCCAGUUGUUCCUCGUCUAAAAUAAUGGAACUGCCAUUGCUCUCGUUUUUUCAGAAAUCAAUAAAUACAACACCGUCGAGGGAUAAAAGCUGUAGCAUGAUAAAUCUGAAUGAAAAGCAAAACUUGAAAACUUUACUUGAUAAGUCUGAUUUGGGUAACAUACAAGCAGUCAGUAUCGAGAAAUUGGCAAAUGCAAGGCACAAAUUAGUUGGAGAGAUUGAACUGAUUGGAGAUUUAAAAAAUUUACGCUACACCCAAAAGUGUGUCAUUACUUACUACCGCUAGUACCGGCACACGAGCAAAUCGUAAAAUCAUCAUGUAUACACACCACGGCGGUACAGGAAGAGUGACUACCUAUAUCGUUGUAUGGAAACGCAUUGUAUGUACAUUGAUUUUACAUGUAGAUAAAAUGAAACAUUGUAAAAAAAUCAAAAUUACUGUGAAAAGUUAGCUUUAAGUUUCAUUGUUUUGUUUUUAUUUUAAUAUAACUACUUCACAAUACCCUUACGACUAAAUGAGUAAAAAUACUCGUAGAAGAACUAAUAAAAAAAUAUGUUGUUACUGUUACAAAAACAAAAAACCAUGUAAUUAGCUUAUCAACGCGUAAUUUGAAUUUUUCAAUGAAAAAUGCCAAAUUUUCAUGUAAGUAAUGCUACUACAAAUAUGUAAUAAGUUUUCUACAAAGUAUUUUUCGAAUAAGUCGUUUAAAGACUAACUAAUGUAUUAGACUGUAUAUCUUUUUUUCUAACCUCGUGGUUAUUAUUUAUUAAAAAAUUAUGAAAAUUUAUUGAGUGCACCGGGAGAGUUUACAUGACAAAAUUAAGGUUGAUCGUAUUUUCUAGGAAUUUUUUACUUGGUUUGAAAUUUGAUAUGUUCAUUGUAUUAAUUUAAAACACUUUAGUGAAUAGGCAAUAGCAGUCAGUGUGCUUUUAAAACGUGUAUGACUAUACUUUUGUAGGUUUUUGAAAAUACAACAAAUAAAAUGUA